AUGCAGAGGAUCAUUGAGAUGUACCUACCAGGACAGCUACUUAGGCAGUUUGGAGAGGUACAGGGAGUACCUACCGUCACAACUUAUUUUGCUUGUGUUUCUCGUGAGGUUACAGAUUGGGGUGUUUGUAUACAACCGCGUGUGGUUAUUGCAGAGUUUGAUGCACUUCAAGAAUUACAGUGGGGUUGGAGAGUAGGUGUCAUAGAUUUGGGGACCACACCUCAAUAUGAUGCAUGGUGGGAUAGACAUAGGUCUAUUCCACUUACUGAUUCGACAAUUCCUAUCACACCUCAACAGAUACCUCAUAUGAGACAACAGAGGAGGGUUGAUAGGGAGGAGAGGGGGGGAGAUGAGGGCAGAGGAGGAGAUGAGGAAGGUGGUAUAGAUGAGGAGGGAGACGAGGAUAUAAACAUCGAUGGAGAUAUGGAGUCCAAUAAAAGUGGAGCCGAUGAUGAUUCGACAUUAGGAUCAUCAAGUAGCGAGGAUGGGGACGAUGAUGACAUACCUGAGUUAGAGGUUGCACUAGUUGUAGAGGGGGGUGGGGAUGGAGGACAGGGUGGUGACGAAGAUGAUGAUGAUCCGCAGAUUCUUAGAGUGUGGAUUAAGAGUCUAGAGGAUGAGGUGGCGUGA